AUGCGUCAACGCAAAGGCGCGCCAGCCUCUGCGGUCUCAUCCACCGCCACAAAGGAUGCUGCAUACCCUGACAGCUCAGACAGCACACAGCCAGCGCACCACGCAAGCUUAACGAACGCCGAGGACCUCAACCACAGAGCCACCGCCACUACCCCCACGACCCCCAAUGUCGGCUUGCUCCAACUGCGCGCGAAUCGGCUGGAGGAGAUGGAAUGCUCCUUCCUCUGCGCGCCGAGGUUCGUGUUGCUUCAGGUAAUGGACCGAGUGCCGUACGAGCUCAGCCGCUACUUUGUGCCCUCCCUCUUACCCCAGCACGAGGCAAUGCUGACUUGCAUUCGUGAGCAGUACGGACGCCCGUACUCCGCAGAGGAAGGGCUCGAUGCCGAGCUGCUGGGCCGCUUGUGGAACGGGCAUAACCGAGUAAUGUUUGCGCCGGAAAACUUGGCCUUCUCGGUGACGGCUCACUCAGUGAGUGAUCGGUGGAAGGAGAUGGGGUUUCAAGGCACUGACCCGUCUACAGACUUCCGUGGAGCCGGCGUUCUGGGUCUCUUACAGCUCGUGUACCUCGUGGAAAACUAUCCUCAGCUGUGGAGCACAAUCGUGGCCCCCGACUUCCUGGCUGCUGCCGCAGGGCUGAACGUGACGAUGUACCUCUCGACACUGCUUGGCAUCAACCCAUCGCUGAAUCAGUUUAGCGCUUCGAUCCUCUCCAAAUAUUCCUCGAGCACGGCACGUCUGCGGCUGUGCUGCUUCAUUUUUGAUCCGAGCGCCGACGUUGCCAUUCAGCGACUGGGUGAGGUCUACUGCUUUGCCAUGCGUCUUCUGCACUACCGAUGGAUGCGCUCGACGCGCAACAUCAUGGAGUUCAACCAGCACCUCAGGAAUAUGUACACGGAGCUGGACCGGCUGUUGUUUGUGAGUAAGACGCUGGACGAACUGUGCUCUCUUCUGUGA